UUGAGCGCUCUCGGAGCCGAAUGAGGAGCGCUUGGCUCUCAGCGGUGAUUCGGCUGUGGGUUCUGGACCUGAGAAGGUUUCGGGUUUGCUGGCCUUCCUCUUUCUGAAGACCCGAGGACGGCCGCCAGGUCGGAGAAAUUUAAAACCUGAGGCUGAGUUCCUUCUUGUUUUCCAAGUUCGGCCUGCGGGAACCUUCGGAGAAGCGUGGAAGGAAGAGAAGGACGGGCAGUUGGUGGUCAACCCCUUCCGCCUCUGUAUGGUCGCGGAGGAGUCCCACUCUGCCCUGCUGUCUGGAAGGUUCUCUCGGCUCUUCUGGGGCCGCAGUUCGGUUGGUUAGAAGUGGAAACUGAUGCAUUGGAGGUGGGAAAAGGCUCUUUCCCCUACCCGCUUCCCAAGGGCCCCGAAGAACUUGUAGAUUUAUCUAGUUUCUAGACACGUGUACUUGACUGUUCAGCGGAGAAGGGCUUAAAUAUUGGAGAAGAGAGCGAGAACAACUAGCAUUUUAAGGGAUUUGUGUAUAUUUCCAAAAGUGACUUUUGAUCAUCAUCCAACACCGGCAGCCUGGGAUUCGUGAGCGUCUCUCGCCAUCCUGCGGCUCCAACAUGUUCUCCUGUUGGUUAAGUCGGCUAUGCAGGGGUUUUUCCACACCCACCGGAAGGAUCACCCACCUGAUUCGGGGUUCUCUCUCCAGAACGUUGGUGCUCGGUUCACAGAGGAGAACUCCAGAAUUCAGUAGCUUUGUUGCUCGGACCAACACGUGUGGAGAGUUGCGUUCUUCUCACUUAGGCCAAGAAGUCACUUUGUGUGGAUGGAUUCAAUACCGAAGGCAAAACAUCUUCCUGGUCCUGAGAGAUUUCCAUGGGCUUGUUCAAGUUGUCAUUCCCCAGGAGGAGUCAGCUGCUUCUGUGAAGAAGAUUCUGUGUGAAGCCCCUGUGGAAUCUGUGGUGCAAGUGUCUGGGACAGUAAUUUCCCGACCUCCAGGACAAGAGAAUCCAAAAAUGCCAACAGGUGAGAUCGAAAUCAAAGUUAAAACAGCUGAACUUCUGAAUUCCUGCAAGAAGCUGCCCUUUGAAAUUAAGGACUUUGUGAAGAAAACAGAGGCUCUUCGUUUGCAGUAUCGCUACUUAGACUUGCGUAGUUUCCAAAUGCAGUAUAACCUGCGACUGAGGUCCCAGAUGGUCAUGAAAAUGCGGGAGUAUCUCUGUAAUCUACACGGAUUUGUGGAUAUAGAAACACCAACAUUGUUUAAGAGGACUCCUGGGGGUGCAAAAGAGUUUGUAAUACCAUCCAGGGAACCUGGAAAGUUUUAUUGUCUCCCUCAGAGUCCUCAACAGUUUAAACAGCUUCUGAUGGUUGGUGGUGUAGACAGAUAUUUUCAGGUUGCCCGAUGUUACCGAGAUGAAGGUUCAAGACCAGACCGACAGCCUGAGUUUACUCAGAUUGACAUAGAGAUGUCUUUUGUAGACCAGACCGGAAUCCGGAGCCUAAUUGAGGGCCUGCUCCAGUAUUCCUGGCCCAAUGACAAAGAUCCUCUAGUGGUUCCUUUUCCUUCUAUGACUUUUGUUGAGGCAUUGGCCAGCUAUGGAACGGAUAAACCUGACACUCGCUUUGGGAUGAAGAUCGUAGAUAUUAGUGAUAUGUUCAGAAACACAGAGGUUGGAUUUCUUCAAGAUGCACUUAAUAAACCCCAAGGAGCCGUCAAAGCCAUAUGUAUCUCUGAAGGAGCAGUAAGUGACUCGCAGUUCUGUUUCUCUAGGAUGUAUAUUUGGGAAGUAAAUAUGUUCAGUGUUCAACACUGGCACAUUUAA